GCAGUCUUCUGGCCGCGCUGGGCCUGACCGCUGCUCUCUUGCGAUUCGCCCAACCCUGUAUCCCUUCUACAUUCCCGCCCCUACACACUGAGCUGAACUGUGUAAUGAUUGCCUUCAGGACGUGGAUUAGUGACUCGAUAUAUUUGUGUUGAUAGUAUGUGAUAGUGGAGCCCUGAGUGGCUGUGAGUAUGAUGCAGCCCAUUGUCAGCGGAUACAUGGGCGUUCAGUCUCCUGUUGACGGUAGCCGUACGGGCGUCCUUAGUCCCCCGGCACAGUUGUCACCCCAGCCCGUGAGUUCUUCUGGAGGCACCACCGCCUCACCCAUGGCGUGUGGCGGCGGCAGUACCUACGGCAGUGACCGCUCCACGCGAGUGACCCACAUGGCCAAUGGCUCUCUCAUGACCCGCACCCUGCACAUGGCAUCCACCAACACUACCGUGAGAGGACUCCAUUCUUGCCACAAUCGGCGACUCACGGCCGUAAACCCAUACCCACACUCACAUCUGCGUGGGGUGACUGUAGAGUCGAGCUGCAGCAGCGGCGUUGGGCGUCGAGUGCAGGCUGGGCAGCAACUGUAUGGCUCAGAUGACUUCAACCAGGACUCGCCAAGGUACACGUCGCCCAAGCCUGGCGGCCUCUAUGCUGAAUCCUACUUUAUGGAUGGUGGGGGGAGCGAUGUCUGGGCAACAACCGGGGGAGGUGGGAGUGGAGGAGCAGCAGCAGCAGCAGUGGCAGGAGCCAUGAGCUACCCCUACCCCUCACCGUCCAUGAUGGGCCCCUCCCCACACCUACCACAGACUCAUUACAUGGCCCCUCAUCUCCCUGACCACAUGAGUUAUGAACCCAUGGCCUCAGCCUUGCCACCCAUGUCAUCAUUCCGGGGCCCAGGUGCAAGCAGCACCACAGGAGGCAGCUCCGUGGCUACCUCUUCACCACUCUACACACACUCCCCUGUGCCUAACCACACCCAGGCCACAGCCACAGCUAACACCGGCGACACACUCGGCAAAGCAUUAUCUUCUAUUUACCCUGGAGACCAAACGUCGAGCAGCUACAGCAGUAAUCCAGGCACUCCGGUGUCCGCCACCUCCCCGCCACCCCUCACCUCAGGGGCCAACAGUGGACCCCCUCAACAAUGGCCUCAGCCUCACACUCCCACCUCACCACACUUUGACCGGUCUCUCCCUAUGCCACGUAUGGCAGAGGAGAACUUAGAGUCCGCAAUCGACUACCUACGAGAUAUUGAGGGAUCAAGAAUAGAUGAAAGAUUGGAAGAUGCUGUCAAUGUGUUACAGCGCCAUGCUGAAACCACCGGCAGCCUGCCAGGAGCUGGGGCCCACCUUGGAUCCUCCUCCCACGGAGGCUCUCUUCCACCCUAUCCUUCUGCUCUGGAUUCACAUCUUGGAGGUCAACCAAAUUCCAAUUUUACAACAUUGGGGUCCCACUCACAAGACCUAAAAGGACUUGUUUCAGGUUUAGGUGAAGGUGUUAAAGACAAACUGGACAUUAAGACUGAAGAGUUGUCCUCCUCACACCUGUCCACUACAAAUGUUGCGGCAACCAUGCCGGCUGGAACUAAGAGUGGCAAACGCUCUCGCAGCGUUAGUUCUUGUUCCAGUACGGAGGAGGAUGAAUGUAUAGACCCAGAAACUAAAGCCCUGAGAGAAAAGGAGCGGCGCCAGGCCAACAAUGCGAGGGAGAGGAUCAGAAUCCGUGACAUAAACGACGCUCUCAAGGAACUGGGAAGAAUGUGUAUGACACAUCUGAAAACUGACAAGCCCCAGACUAAGCUGGGCAUUCUCAACAUGGCAGUUGAUGUUAUAAUGUCGCUCGAACAGCAAGUCAGAGAACGUAAUCUGAAUCCUAAGGCAGCUUGUCUGAAGAGACGUGAAGAAGAGAAAUCUGAUGGUUCAAAGUUGCCGCCACCACACUUGCCACACCACUCUAGUGUGGCCCCACCUUAUCCAAACUUGCCUGGUGAUCAUCUAAGCCAUGGUGGUGCUGGAUCUCAUUAGUAACCUGACCACCACUGGCAGCAGCUGUAGUCCCUUCCACCUCAGACUACAGUGGGGUUGUGGAGGCCCCCACCCCAUUGUGGGUGUACUGAAUAAAGCUGAGUCACACCAAGGCCUUUGCGAGAGAGGCAGCGUGUGGCAAAUCCAUGUGGCAGGGGAUUGUGACUUAGGGCAAUUAUAUGUGUUUAGUGUAUAUUUUUUAAGCAGCCAAGAAUAUGGCAAGGGGUGGGACAAUAAGGAACUGUUGUUUAGGACACCAGGGAUCCCUAAUCCCCCUGCCCAGUGCAGCUCAGUGUGUGGUCUGAGUGCGAUCUUCCACAACAUAUCUCGCAGCCAAUCAUAUCACAGGCAGCCUAAGCUUGGUCAUGACGUGUCGUGAAUUAAGCUUCACAUGCAUUGAAGUGUGCAAAAUGAAGUUAUGCCAGUCUUGGUGUGUAUCUGAGCUCUAAAAAUGAAUGUGCAUACUGAGCACUGACUCUAAAUUAAUAUUGAAAUUGGAAAGGUUUUAUAAGGAGCAACAAGAUGCCUUGGAUUGUGAAGUGAAGCUGAAUAGUGCAGUGUUAUGAACUGAGAGUUGGCAUUAAAAACCAGCCGUACACUCUGGGUUGGCAGUGAAGACCAAGCAAUGAACUUGACUGUAUUAGGUUUAGCAUUGUAUACAUAAUUAUUAUACAUUGUGUACAGAA